AUGGAGAACGAGAAGGGAGAAAUCGUCGAUCUCUAUGUCCCCCGCAAGUGUAGCGCAACCAACCGCAUCAUCAAAGCCAAGGACCACGCCAGCGUUCAAAUCAGCAUCGGCAAAGUCGACGAGAACGGUCGCUACACGGGCGAGAACCAAGUCUAUGCUCUCUGUGGUUUUGUCCGAUCACGCGCCGAGAGUGAUGACAGUUUGAACCGACUUGCACAGAAGGAUGGAUUCUUGAAGAACGUCUGGAGUGCGCAACCGACGAGAUGA